CCCCGUGUCCCCUCAGUGUCCCCGCUGUCCCCAGGCCGCUGUCGCUUCGCUCUGGGCAUGGAGGACGGGACCAUCCCCGACUUUCGCCUCUCGGCCUCCAGCGCCUGGUCCGACUCCACCGCCGCCCGCCACGGCCGGCUGGGCCGCAGUGACGGGGGCGGCGCCUGGUGCCCGGCGGGGCCGGUGUUCCCGGCCGAGCAGGAGUUCCUGGAGGUGGACCUGGGCCGGCUGCACCUGGUGACGCUGGUGGGGACGCAGGGGCGCCACGCGGGGGGACACGGCCGCGAGUUCGCCCGGCAGUACCGGCUGCGCUACAGCCGCGACCGGCGCCGCUGGCUGCGCUGGAGGGACCGCUGGGGAGCCGAGGUGAUCGGCGGCAACGAGGACCCCGAGGGGGUGGUGCUGAAGGACCUGUCCCCGGCGCCGGUGGCCCGGCUCCGGGUGUACCCGCGGCGCGCCAUGAGCGUCUGCCUGCGCCUGGAGCUCUACGGCUGCCCCUGGGAGGCUGGACUUUUGUCCUACACGGCGCCGCGGGGACACGUCAUGGCCCUGGACCCUGUCCCCAUCGUCCUCAACGACUCCACCUACGACGGCUUCAGCGCCGGCCCGUUGCACUUCGGGGGGCUGGGCCAGCUCUCGGAUGGGGUCCUGGGCCUCGAUGACUUCCUGAGGACCCGUGAGCGCCGCCUGUGGCCGGGCUACGACUACGUGGGGUGGCCACGCCCACCCGGGCCCCACCCCCACGUGGAGCUGGAGUUCGAGUUCCAGGAGCUCCGCACCUUCCACGCCAUGCAGGUCCACUGCAACAACCUCCACACGCGCGGCGUCGGAAUCUUCCGGGCCGUCGAGUGUCGCUUCAAGAAGAUCUUGGCCACGGCCUGGGAGCCCCUGGUGGUCACCCACAGCAUGGCCGGGGCCACCAAGGACCCCAGCGCCCUCUCGGUCACCGUCCCCUUGGGCGGGCGCCACGCCCGCUUCAUCCAGUGCCGCUUCUUCUUCGGCGCCGAGUGGAUGCUCUUCAGUGAGGUCUCCUUCGUCUCAGAGGUGCUGGAUGACCCCAUGGGUGCCAGCGGGUGGCCCCCGACCCCUGACCCCUCCUCCGCCAUCUUGGAAAACGCCCACGAUGGGGGCGGGGCCAACAACGUCAGUGGCUCAGGUAGCAGCCCCCGGGAGGCCGGACCGGUGCCGCCGGUGGCCCGGGGCGAGGCGGGGCAGUCGCCGGCGCUGCUGGGCUGCCUGGGCGCCAUCAUCCUCCUCCUGCUCGCCAUCAUCAUCCUCAUCCUACGGCGGCGGCGCGGCGCGGCCGGGGCACUGGGCAAGGGCCGCGGGGCGGAGGCGGCACUGUGGGUGCAGCUCUCGGGGGACACCGUGGGCCGCGGGGCGGAGGCGUCUCUGCGGGUGCAGCUCGCGGGGGACACCGUGGUCAUCAACAACGCCACGGAAGGGGGACCCCGCUGCGAGCGGAUCGGAACCGGAACCGGGACCGAAUUGGGAUGGGAACCGGGAACGGAACCGGAAAUGGAACCGGAACUGGGGACCAACCCGGCCUAUCGGCUCCUCCUGGCCACAUACGCCCAGCCAAUAGGAGGCCUCGCCUUGGCCCCGCCCAACGCUGCCAAGCCAAUCAACACCGAUGGUGAGCCCGAGGUGGGGGCAGGGGCUUACGCCGAGGCUGAUGUCACCGGAGGCUCCGCCUACGCCCUGGCUGGCCCCGCCCACAGCCCCGCCCACAGCCCCGCCCUCCCAACCUUCCCUCGGGACCGCCUCCGCUUCCGGGAGAAGCUGGGGGAGGGGCAGUUCGGAGAGGUGCUGCUGUGCGAGGUCAUUGCUCCCCACAGCCUGGGCCUGGCCCCGCCCCCCGGCUCAAGCCCCGCCCCCUCGGGCCCAGAGCGCCCCCUGCUGGUGGCGGUGAAGGUGCUGCGGCCGGACGCCAGCAAGAACGCGCGGUGUGCCCAGGUGUGCCCAGGCGUGCCCAGGUGCACUCACCUGGUGCCCGGGUGUGCCCAGGGCGAUUUCCUGGAGGAGUCGCGGGCGCUGUGGCAGCUGCGGGACCCCAACAGGGGCACCCAGGGCAUGCCCAGGUGUACCCGGGGCAUACCCGGGUGUACCCAGGUGUGCCCAGGUGUAUCCAGGUGUACCGAGGGCAUUAUCCAGGCGCCCAGGUGUGCAGGAGGCGUGGGCCAGUGGCGUGCCCAGGUGGACUCCAACAUCCCAGGUGCUGCUGGGCGCACCGGGGGGGGCCCGCUGUGCAUCGUCACCGAGUACAUGGAGCACGGAGACCUGCACCAGUUCCUGGGCGGGGCCCGGGGCCACGCCCUCAGCCUGGCCACGCUGGUGCAGCUGGGCGCGCAGAUCGCGGCCGGGAUGCGCUUCCUGGCCGCACGGAAUUUCGUGCACCGGGACCUGGCCACGCGGAACUGCCUGGUGGGCGAAGGGCUGCGCGUCAAAGUGGCCGAUUUCGGGAUGAGCCGGAGCCUGUACGGCACCGAGUACUGCCGGGUGCGCGGCCGCGCGCUGCUGCCCAUCCGCUGGAUGGCCUGGGAGAGCAUCCUCUGGGGCACGUUCAGCCCGCCAGCCUGGCAAUGGGCCUUUGGGGUGGCGCUCUGGGAGUCCUGACGCCCCGGGAGCAGCCGCAGUACCCAAAAACCUGGCGACCUCCAGGUGAUCGCCAACGCCGGGCACCACUUCCAGAACCGCGGGCAGCAGCAGUACCUGCCCUGCCCCCCCGGCUGCCCCCCGGCCCUGCACCGGCUGAUGUUGAACUGCUGGGCCCGCGAGGCGGACGAGCGGCCGGACUUCGGCCACCUGCACCGGGCCCUGAGUGACCACGGCGCCCUGGAGUGACCGUCACCAUCUUCGUCAUCAUCUUCAUCACUGACCACCCACCGAGUGACCACGGGGCCCUGGAGUGACCGUCACCAUCUUCGUCAUCAUCUUCAUCAUCACUGACCGCCCCUUUGUCCGGGCCCUGAGUGACCACUGCACCCUGGAGUGACCGUCACCAUCUUCAUCAUCUUCAUCAUCAUCACUGACCACCCACCGAGUGACCAUGGGGCUCUGGAGUGACCAUCACCAUCUUCGUCAUCAUCUUCAUCAUCACUGACCACCCCUUGGUCACCUGCACCGGUCACUGAGUGACCACGGUGCCCUGGAGUGACCAUCACCUUCAUCAUCAUCAUCAUCUUCAUCACUGACCACCCCUUUGUCCGGACACUGAGUGACCACUGCACCCUGGAGUGACCAUCACCAUCUUCAUCAUCAUCAUCAUCGUCAUCACUGACCAUCCUCUGAUCACCUGCACCGGACCCUGAGUGACCACGGGGCUCUGGAGUGACCACGGUCACCUUCAUCAUCAUCACUGACCGCCCCUUUCUCUGGACACUGAGUGACCACAGGGCCCUGGAGUGACCAUCACCUUCAUCAUCAUCAUCAUCAUCAUCAUCACUGACUACCCACCGAGUGACCACGGGGCUCUGGAGUGACCGUCACCAUCUUCAUCAUCAUCAUCUUCAUCACUGACCACCCCUUUGGCCGGACACUGAGUGACCACGGUCGCCCUGGAGUGACCACGGUCACCUUCAUCGUCAUCAUCAUCAUCACCGCUGAGUGACCACCGGACACUGAGUGACCACUGGGUGACCACGGGUCAUCUUCAUCAUCAUCAUCUUCCUCCCCUCAUUAACACGGGGGGGAUUUAAUGA